ACUAUCAACAAAUAUCCAGCCUCCGAAGAGGACGAAAACAACCCCGGGAUCCCGGAUGAGAGGACAGGGGGCAGAGGGAGGUGGAAAAAGUCGGUGGGCAGCCAUGGCAGUAGAGAAUGGAGAGCCAUCGGAACUUUCCUGGUGGCCACCCUGUCCCCAUUUCAGGAGAGGAGACCAUGCUGCCUGAUGAACCCAAUGUGUUUCCCCAAACCUGCUCCUGGAAGCUGCCCAAGUAUGUGGGUUUACUCACCCUAUUCCUGUCCCUCACUUCCUGCCAAACAGCAAGCAGUAACUACAUGUAGCUUGCCCACUUGUCUCCAUUCCCACUCCCCAUCCCUGAUCCCAGCCUCAUCUUUCUCUUGUCUCCACACUGCAGUGCUCCUAGGCCCUGAAAUUAUAACCAUUUUUCUGCCAAUGCAAACAUGCUUACCUAUGCAUACAUAUAUGUAAAACACUUAGAGCAGCUCCUGGCAGGUAGGAAGGAUUAUGUGUUGGCCGACACCAUUUUGUUAUGCUUGAUAUCAUCAUUAUCUAUUUUCAUUUAUUUUAAGUCAAGAUCUUUGGGAAGCUGACUUUGAGCCAGGCCUACAGGGAAGCUUAGAGUAAGACAUGCAGAACUGGGCAGAGGGGGGAAUUAAACUGUGAUGCAGUUAUAUAGAGGCCUCAGACUAUCUGACUAGGAGCACUGAGACUGGGGUGGCUCUUCCAAGGUGGUCUCUGUCGAGGCAAGGGUACCAGAGAGACUCAGCUGUGACACCUCAGCAACCUACACUCCUGGCAGCUAGGGCAACAGGUGGCUUUGUCCUGAAGGGUGGAUUUGGGUGGUAACCAGCUUCCACUAUAUUAUUACUACCCUGUUGUUCUCUCCAUGGCCCCCUUUAACUCUCAAGACAAACAUAGGUUUCAUAGCCCUUCUACCUCUCUGUCACUACCACCCAUCAUACACCUUCCUCACAAUAGCCUGUAGCCUCUCAGUCCUCUGCAGAGGUGCAACCCUCCUCUGAGGGGCCAUUGGCACAGUUUCCCUACUGUGAUGUUGUCUGCACCCGUAUUUGCACACCCUGCUCUCCACCCCUGUUUGGGGCCCUCUAGUUCACGUCUGUGUCCUGAGUACUAAGGGGUCCUAUUUGGGCUGGUCAGGACUCAAUGGUUACAGGGAGUACACCCCCUCCCCCCAAGGAAGUGGUGCCCAGCCCUCCCUACACCAUCCCACAAUGCAGAUGCUCUUUCCUGUUGGGAAUAAAGGGCCAGACUCAGCUUCCUUCCUUUCAGGCAUUUGGCCUUGGGGAGGGAGGGGCCUUGGAAGGAGGAGGGUGCUCCUGGGCCCAGAGUGGGACAGAGGUUUCCUUGGAGAGAGGAAUUUUGCUGCGUGCCAAGAUGUGGGCUGGAGCCACCAAGGCCUCUUGAGACAGUGAAGAGAAUACCUAGCUUUGCUCUGAGGACUGGGGAGAGGGCCAUCUUCAAGGCCAAGACUAUUUUCAAAGGAGAAAGAACUGGAUGCCUGGUCAAGCCUGUGCUUCCAGGGAGUGCCAUGGACUCAGCAACCAAGGAUGAAAUGCAGCCCUCACUUCCCCCUGGGUCUUCCUGCCCAGGGCCUGAGUGGCCAGAGCAAGAGAGGGCGGAGCAGCUGGCCAGAGGAGCAGCACUCAAAUGGGCCUCGGGCAUCUUCUACCGGCCAGAGCAGCUGGCCAGGCUGGGCCAGUACCGCAGCCGUGAAGUUCAACGUACCUGUUCCCUGGAAGCACGCAUUAAGUCGGUGGUGCAGUCCUACCUGGAGGGCGUGAAGACUGGUGUGUGGCAGCUGGCCCAGGCUUUUGAGGCUGUGCAGGGAACCCGUGAGGCCCUAGACCAGGCCCAUGGGUUGCUCCAGGGUAUGGUGGAGGCCACAGAGACCCUAAAACCACUGCGAGAACAAGUUGCACAGCACAAGCAGCUGCAGGUCCUGUCUCAGCUGCUGCCCCGGCUGCGGGCAGUGCCAGCUGCAGUGGCCUACACACAGACCCUGAUUGGUGCCCAGCGGCUCUUGGAGGCAUAUGUGUGCCUUCGGGAGCUGGAGCAGCUGCAAGAGGAGACGUGGGCACCUCUGGGGGGCCUGGAGUUGCCAGUCUUCGAGGGGUUGGGCCCUCUAGCUGAGGCAUUGGGCCAGGCUGUGGAGGCGGCUGCGGGGGUGGCAGGGCAGCUGGCACGGGAGGACCCAGCCUUGCUGGUGGCUGCUGUGCGUGUGGCAGAGGUGGAUGCUAGGCACACAACCUCCCUGGAGCUGCCCCCCCGGGACUGGCGGCGGCGCUGUCUGCAGGCACUGCAGGAGGGCCUGGAGAGGACCCACUUUGGGACACCUCUGCUGCUUGAGCCAGGGGCCUUGGCAGGGUGGCUGGAGGCUCUGCGGGUGGCUCUACCAGCUGAGUUGGCCACAGCUGAAGCACUAGUGGCACCCUGCUGCCCACCACACUACAAGGUGGUGCGGCUCUGGGCCCACACCCUGCACAGUGGACUGCGUCGCUGCCUGCAGCAACUGCUGGAAGGGCCUAAGCUAGGAGCUGCUGACGCCUUCGCCUUACUGCAUUGGACACUGCAUGUGUACCUGGGGCCAGAAAUGAUGGGGAGCCUGGAGUUGGGGCCUGAGGCUGAUGUGUCUCAGCUGGAGCCCCUCCUGACUCCGGAGAACAUUGAACAGCUGGAGGCAAUGUUUGUGACCCAAAUCCAGGUUAAUGUGGCCCAUUGGCUUCAGAAGGCACUGGAUGGGGAGGUAGCUGAGUGGAACCGAGAGCAGGAACCUGGCACAGACUCCUCUGGCUUCUAUCACUCACCUUUGCCGGCCAUAGUGCUCCAGAUCCUGGAAGAGAACAUUCGCGUGACCAGCCUGGUCAGUGAGUCACUCCAGCGGCGGGUGCAUGGCAUGGCGCUGUCAGAACUGGGCACAUUCCUGAGGAGCUUUAGUGAUGCUCUGAUCCGAUUCUCCCGAGACCACAUCAGGGGGGAAGCAAUGGCUCCUCAUUACGUGCCCUACCUACUGGCCACCCUCAACUACCAGUCAGCACUCAGCUCCUCCUUGUCCGUCCUGCAGCCCGACGGGGCGGGUUCAGGAGACUUGGCUCUGGUGGAGGCAGGGCUGGACGAGUUGCAGAGGAGGAUCUGCCGCCUGGUGUUGGAGGCGCUGCUGGCGGAGCUCCAGCCCCUGUUCGAAGCUCUGCCCUCGCGCCGGUGGCUGUCGAGCCCAGAGCUGCUGGACGAUAUAUGCGAGCGGACGGUGCGCUUCUGCCAGGAUUUCAGGCGAGUGCGGAAUCCUGCAGUCCAGCUUCUCCUGGCUGAGGCGGAGCGCACGGUGGUACUGCAGUACCUACGUGCGUUGAUGCAGGGCCGCCUAGUGUGCCGAGGAGCCGACGAGAGGAUCCAGGCAGCGCAGCGCCUGCAGAACGAUGCGGCCCAGCUUCGGGAGCUUUUCCUUGGUUUGGGCCUGGAGGAGAGUGUUCAGUGCGCACCGGUGCUCCUCUCUCUGCGGGAUCUACUGAACCUCCGUGACCCCAUGCUGCUCGGCCUCGAGGUGGCAGGCCUACGACAAAAAUUUCCCGACGUGAGCGAGGAUCAUGUCUCUGCCCUCCUGGACCUGCGCGGGGAUGUGUCCCGAGAGCAGCGCCUGGCCGCACUCAGCUCCCUGCAGGCCGGCCCACAGCCCUCUCUCUCUGCGGGUCAGCGCGCACUCUUUAGCCUCGUGCCAGUACCUACUCCUGCGCUGUCCUCCUGCCUUCCCUCCGGGCCCUGUGCCUGACGCCCGGCUGCCCCUGGAAUACAGCCACAGCUCCUGGAUGUCUGAAUUGUGUAUUGGGGAAGGGGGAUGAAAUAAAAGUGUAAAGA